AUGUCACAGCCACGUCUGAUUCUGCUCCAUGCCAUGUCACAGCCACGCCUCAGCCUGCUCCAUGCCAUGUCAAAGCCACGCCUCAGCCUGCUCCAUGCCAUGUCACAGCCACGCCUCAGCCUGCUCCAUGCCAUGUCACAGCCACGCCUCAGCCUGCUCCAUGCCAUGUCACAGCCACGCCUCAGCCUGCUCCAUGCCAUGUCAAAGCCACGCCUCAGCCUGCUCCAUGCCAUGUCACAGCCAAGCCUCAGCCUGCUCCAUGUCAUGUCACAGCCACGCCUCAGCCUGGUCCAUGUCAUGUCACAGCCACACCUCAGCCUGGUCCAUGUCAUGUCACAGCAACACCUCAGCCUGCUCUGUACCAUGUCACAGUCAAACCUCAGCCUGCUCCAUGCCAUGUCACAGCCAUGUCUGAGUCUGCUCCAUGCCAUGUCACAGUCACGCCUUAGCCUGCUCCAUGUCAUGUCACAGCCACGUCUCAGCCUGCUUCAUGCCAUGUCACAGCAACGCCUCAGCAUGCUCCGUACCAUGUCACAGUCAAACCUCAGCCUGCUCCAUGCCAUGUCACAGCCACGCCUCAGCCUGCUCCAUGCCAUGUCACAGCCACGCCUCAGCCUGCUCCAUGCCAUGUCACAGCCACGCCUCAGCCUGCUCCAUGCCAUGUCACAGCCACGCCUCAGCCUGCUCCAUGCCAUGUCACAGCCACGCCUCAGCCUGCUCCAUGCCAUGUCACAGCAAUGCCUCAGCCUGCUCCAUGCCAUGUCACAGCAAUGCCUCAGCCUGCUCCAUGCCAUGUCACAGCCAAACCUCAGUCUGCUCCAUGCCAUGUCACAGCCACAUCUGAGUAUGCUCCACAUCAUGCCACAGCCAUGUAUGAGUCUGUUUUGCCAGAGUCUGUGUUGCCAGCCUCGUCUGUCCCAGAGCCAGCGUUGCCAGCCUUGUCCGUCCCAGAGCCAGCGUUGCCAGCCUCGUUCGUCCCAGAGCCCACGUUACCUAUGUUGGCCUCCCGGAGGAGGAGGAGGCCAUGUUCUCUGCCCAUGUACACGACCACAGAGGUCGUCUCCGAGUCUCCAUACCAUGUCAUAGCCAAACCUCAGCCUGCUCCAUGCCAUGUCACAGCCACGUCUGAGUUUGCUCAAUGUCAUGCCACAGCCAUGUACUAGUCUGUUUUGCCAGAGCCUGCAUUGCCAGCCUCGUCCUUCCCAGAGCCAGCGUUGCAAGCCUUGUCCAUCCCAGAGCCAGCAUUGCCAGCCUCGUUUGUCCCAGAGCCCACAUUACCUACCAUGUUCAUGACCACAGAGGUCAUUUCCAAGUCUCUGCCCAUGUUCAUGACCACAGAGGUCGUCUCCGAGUCUCUGCCCAUGUACACGACCACGGAGGUCGUUUCCAAGUCUCUGCCCAUGUACACGACCACAGAGGUCGUCUCCGAGUCUCUGCCCAUGUACACGACCAUGGAGGUCGUUUCCAAAUCUCUGCCCAUGUACAUGACCACAGAGGUCAUCUCCGAUUCUCUGCCCUUGUACACGACCACGGAGGUCGGUUCCAAGUCUCUGUCCAUGUUCAUGACCACAGAGGUCACCUCCAAGUCUCUGCUCAUGUUCACAACCACUGAGGUCAUUUCCCAGUCAUCCUGGACUCUUUCCCUCGAGCGUGCCACGGCUCUGCCUUCCACGACUCCGCCCCUCAAGCCUCCUACGGCUCCACUUUCCAUGGCUUUGCCCCUCGAGCCUCUCAAGGCUAGCCAGCCAUGGCUCUGCCUUCCAUGGUUUCGCCCCUCGGGCCUUCCGUGGCUUUGCCUUCCGUGGCUUCACCCUUCGAGCCUCCUAUGGCUCCGCCUUCCACGGCUUUGCCCCUCGAGCCUUCCAUGGCUCUGCUUGCCAUGGCUUCACCCCUCGAGCCUCCUACGGCUCUGCCUACCAUGGCUCCGCCCUCAGAGUCUUCCAUGGCUCCAGUCUCAAGUCUGGGGUCACCACCCAGGCCUCCUGACCCUGUUUCAGCCCUGUGGCCAUCAACCAGACCCCCUGAUCCAGUCCCUACCCUGAGGUGGUCUACUGAGUCUCAUGGCCAUCUGCCUGAUCUGCUCUGGUCUUCUGGGUCUCCUGGCCAUUCGCCUGAUAUACUCUGGUCUCCUGGGUCUUCUGGCUGUCCACCUGAUCUGCUCUGGUCUUCUGGGUCUCCUGGCCACCCGCCUGAUAUACUCUGGUCUCCUGGGUCUUCUGGCUGUCUACCUGAUCUGCUCUGGUCUUCUGAGUCUCCUGGCCAUCUGCCUGAUCUUCUCUGGUCUUCUGGGUUUCUUGGCCGACCACCUGAUAUACUCUGGUUUCCUGGGUCUUCUGGCCAUCCACCUGAUCUGCUCUGGUCUUCUGAGUCUCCUGGCCAUCUGCCUGAUCUGCUCUGGUCUCAAGGCUGUCUGCCUGAUCUGCCCUGGUCCCUUUGGUCUCCUGGUCGUCUGCCUGAUCUGCUAAGGUCUCCCUGGUCUCAUGGCUGUCCGCCUGAUCUGCCCUGGUCUCCUUGGUCUCCUGACCAUCCGCCUGAUCUGCUCUGGUCUCCUUAGUCUCUCGGCCGUCCACCCGAUCUGCUCUGGUCUCCCUGGUCUUCCGGCCCUCCACCUAAUCUGCUCUGGUCUCUUUGGUCUCUGGCUUCAUCUUGGCCCUGCCUCCCUUACCAGCCUUCCUUGGGCAUCAGGAGCUGCCCAUUAGAGGUGGGGCUAUGUCAUAAUUCACUCUUGUUUGCCAUGUGUUUCUCCCCUGUCAUCUGUUCCUCCCAGACUACACUUCCCAUAAUUCCCUGCCCUCAUCACUGCCAGCUGUCCUUGAUUGUCCUCACCUGUGUUUCAUUAACUUAUUAGUCUUUGUGUAUAUAAUCCCGUGAUUUCUGUUCAGUCCUUGUCAGUUGUUUUGUGUUUUGACCUUCUGUGUAUGACCAGUGCCCUUCGUGAAUGUUUCCUUUGUUCCUGUGUUUUCCCAUUGUGGAUGUUUCUUUUGUUCCUGUGUUUACCCCGUUAUUUUGUACUUUGUUUACUUCACGUCAUUAAACUCUUUUUAGCUGCACUUAGAUCCAGCUCUCGUUACUUCCUUUUGAACGUUACAUCAACAGCAAGGUAAGAAUUCUUUUUUUAAAGCUAAGAAUAUUAACGGUCGAUAGCACAUGUGUUUUGUGUAUUUUUAAGUGUCGCAAUUGGUCAGUAAACUGUUCAGUGUUUUGUUUGUAAUCAUUGAUUCGUACUUUUCUCAGUUUUGUAACAUUCCAGUGUUGGACAGUAUUUCCUAAUUUUUAUAUGGCUUUUACUUUUAUAAAUUGCACAUUACAUAUUGAUUACAUUACCAUACUGGCAACGGUAAAACAUUAUAUUGUAAUUUGCUGAUUGGGUCCUUUUUUUUAAUCAUAUAAAUUAAAAUUUCUACUUUAAAGCUGUCUGAGUCAGAGCCAAAAGUAUGUUUGGUACGUAUUCAUGUAUUUUUAAAGAUAAAAAUAAAUAAAUAAAUAGAUCCUAGUUGUAAUAAGUCUCUUUUAGAAUUACACAAACAGUGAUUAAUUCGUAUCAAUAAAAUAUUAUAUAAUUUAUUAUGUAGGUGUAUGCUUUCUGUAAUGAUGGAUCAUGUAGGUAAUCAUUUUGCUAAUUGUUUAAUGCAACGAUGUGUAAACUGAUUUGUCAGUUUUAAUUUAAUUACUGUUCAAUUUGUGGGCUAUAAUGCUGAUCAAACACAAGCCAAAGAAGGUAAAGCUGGAAGGUGGAAUAAAAGACUGUACUGAUAUGAUAAUUGCAUAAUUUGUUUUUACAGAUUUUGAUAAGAAGUCAAUAUAGUGGCCAGUGCAUUGUGAUAUGAUAAUUAUUACAGAUUUAAAAGAUAAAACAAGGAUACAAUAUAGUGGUCAGUGCAAUGUAAUGUGGCCAGUGUUUAUUUUUAGCAGGCAUUUCUAGUCUCAAUUGUUUUGAGAGCUGCCAAAUGUCAAACCCAACAUUUUUCAGAGGGUACGUAUUGGCAAAUGUUAAUGAAAAACAUGAAUGAAACCAUAGAACGUAAUAUAGAGAUUGCUUGUCAACAGACAAUUGUUGUUGUUAUUCUGUAAAUUAUUGUUACAGUCUGGCCCUGCCUCUACCGAGACCUCUCCUCAUACUUCCAGAUGGCCUCCGCUUAGCUUAUCAUUGGUAACUUAUAAGUCUGAUUGAUGUAUAGACUACCCCCACCCCCCUCACGCACCUAUCGGCUGGCUGGGGGGUUGUGUAUUGAGCUGAAUUCUACUCUCCUAAAUAAUUUUUUGUUUUUGUUUAUGUAUGUAGGGUUGAUUUGUAUGUACUGUAAUUCAUUGGCUCUGUACUUUAAAUAUGCACAGUUUGUAAGAAAAUGUAAUCUGAUUUUAAAUGUAUGUCAUUCUUCUCUGUAACUCCCACUUUUAGUUUACAAAGCCACAGUUUAGAAGGUCCCACAGUGCUGCAGCCAAGCCUAAUAUAAACGUACCCAGGAAGAAGCUGGAGAUUCAGACCUCAUUUGCCUCCUCAACUACAUUGUCUGACAGUGUCAACCCUUCUUGCACACCCUUGGUGACAAGCAGCCCUUCUUCUUUCAACUCGAUGAGAGCCAGCCUUCUAUGUUCUUCUGAACUACUGAAAGCCAGCACAUCCCCUUCAGCAUCUGUAACCCUUUUCUUUGAUAUAGACAGCAUUUAUAAGCGUGGAGGUUGCAUAGUGAAUGCUGUACAUGCAAACUUGACAGAAACAAUCUUUCAUCACAUGUUCAAUAGGAUGCAUAUAAUAUGCAUACACAGAAGGUGUUUUUAUACAUACAGUAUAGAUAAAUAAUGAAGCAAAUCUCCUCCUGUACUCAAAGUUAUGCAUGUGACAUUCAUGUCAUACGCCUGCUAAGGGAGAUGACCUUGGGUAAUAACCCCACCAGACUGGCUAAGGAGCUGAAGGAGAACCAUGGGGAGGAGUGGCUUGACCACUUGGCACACUACAUGGGGGAGUGUGCAGUCUUUGCUGACCACUCCAGCCUCUUUCCAGUUACUUUCCAGGAGCUCCUGAGCCUAUCGAUGUCCCUACCAGCAAGUGGCUGCUGACCGUUUACGGAAAAGACAUUGUAAGCCGAAUGGAUCACAUUAAGGCCAGCAUUACCUCAACCUUUGGGUCCAUCUUAAAAAUGGAUUCAACAAAAAAGGAAUCCCAAAGAAGCUGGCGGGCAUUGCCAAGGGCACUGUCCUCUGUUGGCAAUGAGAGGGGCCAGAUCCUAAUCAGUGUUCUGACUGACCUGGAAGGACCCGCUUGAUGUUGCUUUUUUGUUUUUUCAGGCGAAGAGAGAGCAGCUGGAGGAGGAAAGGCUGCCUCUCAUCACUGAUGACCUGGUGAACAGACACAUUACAAAGAAGGAGCUGGCCCUCUAUUGCCGUCGGAGCACUCGUGGAGUGGAGACCGCUAUCUGCCUGAUUGAGCACCUACUGCAAGAGUUGGAAGAAAGAGGAAGAGACCUUCUGGGUGUUCCUCUGCUGGAUACAGUGAGGAUGGAGCACAUCUGGUGUAUUCAGAAGAGGCACGUGCAGUGUAACAGGACGUCCUGGGUGUGUCUCUCUACACUGCGACAGGCACCACCACCAAGGGAGAAAUAGUGCUUACCAAGUACAGGUGUGCUAGGGGCUCAACAUCACGUCAACGUCGUUCCACUGCCAUCUGCAGAGGUUUAUUCCAGUUUGGAAUGCCCAAUUCCCACUACUUAGUAGGUCCUCGUGGUGGCGCGGUUGCUCACCUCAAUACGGGUGGCAGAGGACAAGUCUCAGUUGCCUCUGCUUCUGAGACCGUGGAUCCGCACAUCUUAUCAUGUGGCAUGCUGUGCAUGACACUGCAGCGACUCACAGCACGUGGAGGCUCAUGCUUCACGCCGCGAUCCACACACAACUUACCACAAGCCCCGUUGAGAGCGAGAACCCCUAAUCGCGAUCACGAGGUGGUUACCCCAUGUGACUCUACAAUCCCUAGCAACCGGGCCAAUGUGGUUGCUUAGGAGACUUGGCUGGAGUCACUCAGCACACCCUGGAUUCGAACUCGUGACUCCAGGGGUGGUAGUCAGCUUCAAUACUCGCUGAGCUACCCAGGCCACCCAGUGCAGCUUAGUUUUAUAUAUAUAUAUAUAUUUAUCUCGUUAAAUAAGCUCUCUAAUAAAAUAUUCUCUUUCUAAUUAUUUAUGUAUAGGAACCAGUGCAAACACCCUGCAUUUUCAGCUCUAUCUCCUGGAAGGCCUCAACAGGUGGAACCAGGAUCGGGCAUGAGCUUUCCUGGCCACCAAGCCAUCCUCUCUCCUCACCUAUCCAGGCUCUGAACACUGACAGGGAGCUUAUUGGAGUGAAUUACCUACUCAGCCAGACAGGACAGCCACUUCAGAGGGUGGACCCAGAUUCAGAGGACACAGACCAGUUGCUGGAGGACGUUAAUGUGGAAGAGCAGGAGGAUGAAGGAUUUCAAGAGGAUCUCACACUGACCCUACUAUAUCCUUACUUCUUGAAGACCUCACUACCACUGCUGGCGGGGAAACACCAAUAAUUCAGCUAGCUGCUGCACCAUCCUCCACACUGCCAGCUACUGCUUCCUCUAUCCUGCCUGCCUCCUCAACCAUCCUGCCAUAUAAAUGCACACAGUUAUCAGAUUUAUUUUAUUAUACACUUUCUCAGGCUGUGGAUGACCGAAAUGUGCCAGGGAUGGACCGUGUGGAUAACCUGGCAGAAUAUAUAGUGGAGCUGAGGGACACAACAGGACUAAAUCUCAGCAGUUAGCAGGCCAGCGAUAUUGUGGGCCUCUGGCAGAACAUGCUUGAUGAUGACAAGCAGCAGGUGGUGUUUUUUGCCAGACACCAGGACAGACUGACCACAGGGAGAAUUAGGUCUCUGAAAAAGAAGGCAGUUUUCACUCCUGGGGUGGACAGUCUAAAGCGUUGUGUGUUGGGAUCAACAGCUUUGCCUGUCCAGUUGCCAAACUGUUGCUGGCUUGUGGAGGCCGUUUUUGUGUGACUGUGCUUAAUCCACAAAAAUUCCAAGAGGAAGGGGAAGGGCUCAUUGAGAAGAUGAACUCUGAUCUUGCAGGACUACCUCAGGAUCGGGCAGCUGAUCCUGGAUAACAGGGCCAUUAUGCAGAACACAAAUCUGCAACUGGUGUAGGUGAAUCAGACCACUCUAGUCCAGUGGCACAAUGACAGAGUGAGAAGCAUAGGUGGGUGAGGCUUAACCUUCACCUGGCCAGUAAACUGUCUCAGUUCCCCCACCUCAUAUAGCCUACAAAUUUUAAUUACUGGCGGGAAGGGAAAGCUGACUCUAGAUCAGUGGCCUUGGCCAAAUUCAUCAUUAAACGUAAAUCGCUUGA